AUGGCGCUCCUGACUAGUCCGUCUCCUGUUCCGUUUGCCGACUGCAGUGUCCAUAAUGAAGCCGGGUACCCUGGUGGUAUCAGCGAAGCUCUGCGAUCAAGAGAGCUCUACAAAUAUUAUCAACCUCCUAGUGAUAAUUCACCUCCUACACCUCCCGGCGAGCGGUUGGAUCAUCAAAAGGUCGAUGUUGGACUAGAAGUGGUUUCUUCUGAGGACCCUACCUUAUCUGCAUUUGCUCUCUUGACCGCAAACUUGUUAAAUUGUAAACGGUCUAUGAUAAGCCUAGUCGAUGAUGAGCUUGUGUACUUGGUAGCGGAGUCUACUCGUUCGUUGUCCCUGACAAAACCCUAUACUCAUGACCCAGGGGAUGGCCUAUGGGUUGGUGGGCGCACGACCAUGCCGCGGGGUAGGGGGCUUUGUGAACGGACCAUCUCGCUUGUGCCGCCGGAAGAGUUGAAUAACGGCGAAGAAUGUAUCAUGAUCUUUGAAUUAGAGGAUAUGGCUAAGGAACCAGAAUGGGAACACCAUCCGAACGUAUCGAAUUGGCCUUAUCUACGAUAUUAUGCUGGGGCGCCACUUCGAACUAAGAAUGGCGUUUCAAUAGGAAGCAUAUGUGUGGUUGAUGAUAAAACCCACCCCGGGGGUCUCGAAGAGGAGGAAAGGAGGACGAUGGCAAAGAUGGCAGAAAUAGUGAUGGAGCACCUAGAGAGAGUGAGGGCAGAAAAUGAGAUGAAGCGAGGGAAGAUGAUGGGAAUUGGAAUGUCGAGAUUUGUUGCGGCAAAUUUCCUGCAGGCUGGAGCCGAGUUUGGAGAUGUGAGAAAUGAUGGACGCUUGCGGAGCAUUGGAGGAAACGCUCGAGAGGAGAAGGUAGUCGAGGCGGAGCAGUUGGCUUGGGCGGACGCUAUUAGGGGCCAAGAGCCUGGGAAGCAGGAUCGUGGGUAUGAGAAACGGGGGAUUCGGCGCCAGCCAUCAAUGGAGUCUCACUGCAGUUGUAAGCUGGACAUGCCUGAUCAAAACUCUCCUGGAGCAGGGGACAGUGUCGACCCACUCUCCCCCUCAGAGAAGCCGCGACCAGGUGGGGUAUUGUCUAACCUCAAGCCUUCGCAAUUACCUUUGUCGUUUCCUUCUCCUGAUAGGGAGGACUUUGCCUCACCCGAACCCCCCAGAACAUAUCCGCCAGAGUUAUCUCGUAAACUCAGUUAUUGCUCUCAGUCAACUUCAGGACUUGCGACAUUUUCAGGGAAUGCCUCCGGAUUUUCGGGCACCAACACCACAACCCCUUCUGCAUCUUCUACAGAAUCUCUGUCUCCACCAAUUUUCAAAGAGCCUGAUUAUGGUUAUCCUUCCGCUCCAGACGCACAGCCACGAUAUCGGGAUGGCGAUGAUGUUGAAAAUUCUCUCUUAUCUACCUUUGGCCGGGCAUCUGCGCUCAUUCGGUCGUCGCUUGAAGCAGAUGGCGUGGCUUUUGUCGACUGUGAUUUGGGGAGAAACUAUGGAUUUGAGGCUAAUCCGGAAGACGUGGUCGGUAAAAGGCCGAAGCUUGCAGAUGCAUAUCGCGAUCAGAAGCCAUCUGGGAGUCGCCGAAAGUCUGGACUCUUUGGUUAUGCUACAGCAUCUAGUUCUUCCCUCACUAACACAUUGGAGGGUGAAGGAUUUUUUGGCCACCGGGUUGGCGAAGCUGAGGAGGAUCUUCCUUUCUCCGUUGAAGCACUUAGCGAGCCGUUUUUGCACUCUUUGGUUGAUUCCUGCCCCCAAGGACGCAUAUUUACUUAUGGCGGGGGGGUUGAUGGAGGAUAUGAAGCAGUGGAACUAGAGUGUGACAUUGGGUGUUCUGAAAUUGUGUCUACUGUCUCAGAUUCUGAUUGCACAUCAACCCAUCCGGGGGGGAAGAGUGUGUGCAAGACGCAGAUAGAAAAGUUAAAAGAGUUCCUGCCUGGGAGCAGAUCUAUUGUUUUUGUCCCACUGUACGAUUUUGAUGGAAACCUAUUUGCUGUGGGGUUUGCGUGGAGUAAUUCUAAAACAAGGGUGUUCUGCAAGGAUAUCGAGGGUACCUACAUGAUAGCAUUUGGGAAUAGUAUUAUGGCCGAGAUUGGACGAUUACAUUCUGUCAGCGCGGAUAGGGCGAAAGGUGAUUUCAUAUCAUCAGUGUCGCACGAAUUGAGAUCACCGCUACACGGGAUACUCGCCAGUGCAGAAUUCCUGUCGGAGACCGACCUCGAUAAUUUCCAGCGGAGCUUUGUGGACACUGUGGAGAGCUGUGGGCGUACGUUGCUUGAUACGAUUAACCAUGUAUUGGACUUCUCAAAACUUAAUAGUUUUGGUAAUAGAUGGGAUGGAGAUUGCAAGGGGAGGCUUAGAUAUGCACGAGAUUUCUCUAACUCAGCGGCGGAUGUCGACAAUCUGACAGCGGACACUGAUUUGAGUGCAAUAUUGGAGGAAGUGACUGAAGGCGUGUUUGCUGGCUAUGAGUUCCGUGGCAUUAGCACCCCUGGAAUUAUGGAGGAUGUUGGAAAGGUCGACGAUUUCGGGGCCAGUGGGCGGCAAAUUGUCGGAACGAAGAAUGACAUUACAGUGAUUAUGGAUAUAGAUAGGCGGGAAGACGGGUGGGUUUUUCGGACACAGCCAGGCGCUUUGCGUCGGAUUUUCUUGAAUUUGGGAGGAAAUGCUAUCAAGUAUACCGACUCGGGUUGGGUGAGAAUUAAGCUUAGGGCUGAGGAUCUUCCACCUAGUCUCGGAGAUGAUGACGAGAAGAGCUUGGUCACUUUGGUCUUUACGGAUUCUGGAAAAGGGAUUAGCAGAGAGUUCUUGAAAACCAAGUUGUUUACGCCCUUUAGCCAGGAGAACCCAUUGGUCAGUGGAACUGGUCUGGGCAUGAGUAUCGUUCGGCAGAUCGUGGAAAUGCUCGGAGGGGAGAUCGAUGUUAAGAGCGAGCUUGGGAAAGGCACAGAGGUCACAGUUAGUUUGGUGUUGAAAAAAUCCAAUAGGAGAACUGCAAAGCCUGAUGAGAAUUUCGGUACUGGGGGGAGGGAUGUUGGAGAUUGGGAGACGGAGAUUGAAAAUAUCCGGGAGAAGGGUCGUGGCAAGAAGGUCCGGCUGUUUGGGUUCGACUCGCCAUCAGAGGCAAACAUUCAUGCCGCUUCAAUCUUUUAUCUUGGCUGUUCUUUCAGCAGGUAUAUUUCUCAUUGGUUUGGUAUGACUCCGGCCGCGGAAAGUUCUCCAUGCAAUAUCAGUAGCGAUUUUAUCAUUGCUCACGAGGGGCCAAGGGUAGAAGAACAUCUUGCACGCCAAAUCAGGGGGUUACCUGGGAAGGAGGGUGGCACGCCUCUCAUUGUCAUUUGUUCCAACGCUUCGCGGCAUGAGACUUACCAGUCCCUCUGCGGCAUCGAUGAUGGAGGGAUUGUAUAUUUUGUAUCCAAACCUUGCGGACCUAGAAAGCUUGCCAAAGCGUUAGCAGCUUGUAUCGAGAAGAUGGAGACAACAUUUCGCAAUGGCAAUGCUGCCCCCCCUCCUUUAACAGUAUCAGGCGUGGAUUCCCCACGGGAGUCCACAGUUGGCGAAAUACCUACCCGGCCUACAUCUAGUCCUAAACUGAAGAGCUCGGGACCGGUAGGGUUUGGAAAGGUUUUAUGGGGCCCGAGCAACAAUAGAGGCUCCUGUGAUACAGAAUUACCAAUAGUGGAGGCUGACUGCGAUUCCUACUCGACAUCACCGGGUUCAAUAUGCCCGGCACUGCUUAAGAAAGAUGAGAAACGACCUGAAACUCUUCGCCGAGGACUUUCGGCAUCAAGCGUGAGCAGUACUAUCAGUGCAGGAAGUACUCUUGAUGGCACAUUGCCAACCGCCUUGAUUGUUGAGGACAACCCAGUCAACCUCAUGUUACUGGCUACCUUUAUGAAAAAGCGAGGAUACCCUUUUGAGAAGGCGACAAACGGAUUGGAAGCUUUGAGAGCUGCCGAGUCGAGGCCUGGGGGCUUUGAUAUUAUUCUGAUGGAUUUACAGAUGCCCAUCAUGUCUGGAAUCGAGUCCACCCGCGCUAUUCGAAGGCUUGAGAGGCAAAGCAGGGCUAAAGGCAGUGUAAUCAUCGCUUUGACAGGAUUAGCUGCCGCCAGUGAUAAGGUCGAAGCUUACGAGGCUGGGAUCGACCUAUUCAUGGUGAAGCCAGUCAGCUUCAAGCAGUUGGAAAGCACAAUGAGAGAAUACUCGUUGAUUGGCGGAGAGACGUAG